AUGUCGACUCCUGGUUUGAAACGGGCGCGCCAUCCACACCCUGUGGAUAGUGUCGCCACCACACGUGUCACAACCCUCGUACCUUACUACCUGGCAGAAGCGUUCCGUUACAAUGUGCCCGAGUGGUCUAAGGGGGUAGACUCAAGUUCUACUGUGUUCGCACUCGUGGGUUCAAAUCCCACCGCUGACACGUAG